AUGGUUAAAAAAUCUGCUACCUAUACAACUGCUGUCAUCCUGAUUUUUCUGGGCUAUCUAAAUCAGAAUUGUAGCUGCCUUAAAUGCUACUCUUGUACCUAUUCACUGAUUACUGAAUCAUUAAAGAUUGAGGACUAUUUUUGUGCUAACGAAACAUUGGUGAUCAUCGAUUCUGAUCGAACCGUACGACCAUGCGCGCCUUGGGAAGAAUACUGUGUGACAACCGUCGAUACAUCGUUAGAUGCAUUUUCGUCGGUGACUCGAGGCUGUGCUCAAAGUUGUACAAAUUCCUGUGAUCUAGACGGUUAUGGCUUAGAUAUUGCACAUUGCAAUGACUGUUGUCAAACCGAUUUAUGCAACAGUAAUUAUUCAGUACAAUACUAUGUUAAACUGAUGGAAGGACGGCAUACCUCAUGGAUACAGCCGGUUAGUGGUGAACGAGAGUUUAACCAAGAAAAUGGUAUUCGAUUUCCAUACUAA